AUGAGCAAACCGUCAGGCUGCUACUGGAAGCUGGUCUGCUGGAAUAGAGGCCGAACCGAAGACAUGAUCAUCCUAAACACCAGGGAGAGGCUCAGCCCACUUGCCAUGAGGGAUGUGGUUAGCACCAAUCCUACUGUCACUGGGGUGCUUGUCAAUGGUGCUGGACGCAACCAGACGAGCCUGCUGGUUGAGCCUGCUCGUUCAUCACCAACGAACGAUGCAGUCAAGACAGAACUUCUUGAAAAGAUCUGGCCGUCUGUGCAGAGCUUGACGCUUUGUAUCAAGCCGGUGACGGCCAUGGCGCGCGCAAUCCGCAACAAACCCGUUGCCGGCGAGUCGAUAAACAAGAACGGCGUUUCGUCAGACUCGAUUGUUCAGAUGAUUGCCCAGUCUACAGACAUGUCCACCCAUGACCUAUCUCCGGACAUUGAUCUCUUUGGAUACGGGAUGGAUUCCUUGCAAGUUAUCCUUGUGUCCAACGAAAUCAACAAGCCACUGCUGGCAAAAGACAGGCCACCGUCGUUUGAUCCUCAGACUGUGUGCGCCAACCCGACCAUCUCGUCACUUUUAGCCGCAGUAUCAACAAUUGUUGAAGGAAGAGACGUGCCUGAGAAUCAUGCACAAAUGGUUCUGACAAGAAUGAAAGAAAUGUAUCAUGGCUACAUGUCAGAUUUACCCCUAUCAGGAAGACGAGCUCUCCUGCGGCCCUCGCACAAGAGCUUUUUUUUGGUCACCGCCUCAACAAGAUCGCUUGGCUCAUACAUGCUAGACUCGCUAAUUAGCAACACUGAACCCUUGUGUCUCUCGCGUGUAUUACAUUAA